AUGACCCGUUCGCCUGUGUCUUCUGGUCUCUUGCCAAUGCCAGGUUCACCAUCUUCCUCGUGGGCGGUUUACCAAGCUCGCUUGGCUGCCAUCUUUCGAAAUGCCGACAACGCGGUGCUCGUUGCAUUCUGGCUGUUCGGGCUGAUCAACAAUGUUCUCUACGUCAUCAUCCUCUCCGCCGCCCAAGAUCUCGUUGGUUCCGACGUACCCAAGGGAGUAGUUCUCCUCGCCGAUGUCCUGCCUUCCUUUUUCACGAAACUCCUCGCGCCCUACUUCAUACACAAGGUGCCCUAUUGGGUUCGGAUCAUCUUUUUCGCCGUUGGCUCCUCGCUCGGGAUGCUCCUUAUCGCCCUGACACCACCCGACAGAUCGGUCGGAAUCAAGAUGGCUGGUGUGGUAUUUGCCAGCUUAACGAGUGGAGGAGGAGAACUCAGCUUUCUUGGAUUGACACAUUACUACGGCCACAUGAGUUUAGCCGCCUGGGGUAGUGGGACCGGCGCUGCCGGUCUAGUCGGUGCUGGUCUGUACGCCUUGCUCACGACUUGGUUCGGAUUCAGCGUCAAGAAUAGCCUACUGUCAUCCGCGUUCUUGCCCGUUUUCAUGCUGCUCAGCUUCUUCGUUGUCUUGCCCCGUGGACCUCUUCGUGACGGCCAGUCGCAAAAAGAAUACCAAACCGUUCCCGAGAGGGACCUGGAGCAGGACGAGGCAGAGGACCUGCCGACCGACAAUGCAGCAACAAGCCUCCUCUCCUCAGGACCAGCUGUCGCAGCAACCGCAUUUUCAACGAAACAAACCGACUCCGCGGCCAAAUUCAACAUGAACCUACGAAGAGCAAAGUCCUUGUUCUUUCCAUAUAUGCUACCUUUGUUGCUAGUAUAUGUCGCCGAGUACAGUAUUAAUCAAGGCGUUGCCCCGACAUUACUCUUCCCUCUGGGGUCGUCGCCAUUCACUAAAUACAGGGACUUUUAUCCGAUGUACGGCUUUCUGUACCAACUUGGCGUCUUCAUAUCGCGAUCAUCUAUCGCAUUCAUCCGCGUGCGGCACCUGUAUCUGCCUUCCUUCCUGCAAGUAGGCAACCUAGUCCUGCUCACGGUUCAUGCCCUUCUCUUUUUCAUUCCAAGCGUCUAUAUCGUCUUUCUCAUCAUCUUCUGGGAAGGUCUUCUUGGCGGCACUGUAUACGUCAACACGUUUGCUGAAAUCAUGGAAAACAUCCCCGCUUCGGAGCGUGAGUUCAGCCUGGGCGCAACGAGCGUGAGCGACAGCGCCGGUAUAUGCAUAGCUGGUUUCAUUGGAAUGGCCAUCGAGCCCUGGCUUUGCAAUUACCAGGUCCACCAAGGCCGCGAUUGGUGCAAGAAGAUAAAAGUUGGUUGA